UGACCAGUCGGUAGUAUAGCAGUGCCGCGUUUCUGGAGCACCCUAAACCUGGCUAAUUUUUCCAUCCCUUCUCAGGCAAUCAAAAUCUUUCGUAGUAAUUGUCAUCCUACACGAUCAAUUCACUUGUCAGUGCCAUCCUCGUCAACCAGGCAGACCCUCUUCAACCGUGCCACCUUCCUCGAACAUUCAUAAACCGGCUAGCAGUGCCACUUGCCUCGACCAAUCCGAAGCCGCUUAGCAGUGCCAGUCUCCUCGACCAAUCAGAAGCCGCCUAGCAGAAGACAACAACAUGGACGCUAUGAGGUUGCUUGUCUUCAUGACAGUUUUGGCAUUGAGUAAUUCUGCCAACCGUGUGCUGGAAUUAAGCGAUCGUUUUCUGGAGCUGCGAGGCGAGUCAUCAUGGCUUAUCAUGUUUUAUGCUCCAUGGUGUGGACACUGCAAGAAGUUAGACCCAGUGUGGAACCAUGUUGCACAUGCACUGUAUGGCACAGAAAUCCGUGUUGGACGUGUUGAUUGUACACGUUUCACAGCAGUGGCAACAGAAUUUAAUAUCAAGGGUUUCCCCACCAUUAUGUAUCUCAAAGGGGACACAAAACACACCUACACUGGUGACCGAGCCAAAGAGGACAUAGUUGGAUAUGCUGUCCGUAUGGCAGCUCCUCCGAUUCAGCAUAUAGCAUCGUUCCAUCACUUGAAAGACAUCAUUGCGCAGGAAGAUCUGUUCUUUGUGUAUGCGGGGGAGAAGGAAGGUCCAUUAUGGGAUGCCUAUUCUGAAUUAGCAAAUAUAUAUAGACCCUUCAACUACUUCUACUCAAUUGAUGCUGGUUGUAUGGCAGAGCAAACAGAGUUGGAGUACAACCCUGCUAUUCUAGUCUUCAAAGAUGGCCUAAAUUAUUUCUUCCCAGUACCUGACGAGAGUGAAAUAGCAGAGAAUCUAACUGUUGUCAACACAUCACUCGCUGACUGGAUUAAUCACGAACGCUUCCCAUUAUUUACCAAAAUCACGCAUGGCAAUCUGCACCAACUGUGGAAGAUCAACAAAUUUCUGGCAAUCACAGUUGUAAAGGAAAGUAAGAUUGGAACAAUCACCACAGACGAGGAUGCGGAAGACUAUGUUGAUGGGUACAAGUUCAAGGAUAUGGUGGAAUCCGUUAUCAAGAACAAUCGAGAAAAGUAUCACAAGCAUUACCAGUUUGGUUGGACAGGAACUCCAGAUUUAGCAAACAGUAUUGCCAUGGAAAGGCUCCAGUUGCCGUCACUUCUUGUCGUAAACUCAUCCACCAUGCAUCACCAUCUACCCGAGGACCCUCCACACCACCUAACUCCAGCUGCCAUUGAAAUGUUCCUCGACUCUGUCAUAGCUGAGACGGCUCCGACCUAUGGUGGAGACACAUGGCCUGUGAGAUUCUACCGCAUCUAUUACAAUGCAAGGACUUCAUUAGAAGAGAUGUGGCAGGGUAAUCCAGUCCUGACAGCCGUGCUCUUUGGCCUGCCCCUUGGCUUUCUCUCUCUGAUUUGCUACUCCAUCUGGUGCUCUGAUAUUAUGGAUGCAGAUGAGGAGGAAGAAGAGCCUCAGCAUGAAAAGAAGGACUGAUCGAGGUUACAUUAUGGAACAAACGUCAAUGUGUGUUUCUGGGAAUAUCUCCAGAUUGCAGCCUGUCUUAGUCCAAACAUAUUUAAUGACCUGAACAAAUAUUAUUAAGAGGAAUGUAAAGAAAGAGUUGUAUUUUACUUAUUAGUGUUAUGGAAAUUUUGAAAAUUCUUGGUCACCCAGCUAGCGAUCCUGAUUAUUAUUCUCAAACAACAAAUGAUUGUUGUUGCUUGUGCCAUAUUGCUUUUGUUGAUUUCUGAAAGUUUUUCAGCAAAGGGCAAUUAAGUGUGCAUUUUUUCCAGUAAACUUGAUGGUCGUAAUGACAGUAGUUUAAGGCCUAUAAAUUAUAUAUAUUUGUGCAUGCAUAUUUGGACCUUGGCUUUUGGGAAAGGAAAAUCAUAUAUCAGACUCUUACCUUUUUAGAGUUUGAGUUGUACAGUAUUGAUAUGUGCAAUUUAUUGUUGGAAAUGUUGCAUUCCUUUUUUCAUAUGUGCUUUGUGAUAUUUAUUUUAAAGACGGAUACUUUUUUAUAUAAACUUUUGUAGACCAAUUUCCACCAGUUUGUAAUCUACUGGUAUGUUUACUGUAUUUAUUUUUUUUAAGACUGAGAUUUUAUUUUGUAGUUGUAUGGAUAUGUUUCCCAUUCAAAAUAUUUAGUCUUGUUUUAAAUAGUAAAUUGUAAAUUGUCAUUUGAUAAUGGUGCCUCUAGUGUGUUGGAAAUUAUACAAAAUUUCGAUCUCAUUUCUGGUUCUCAUUUUUAGAUAGAAUGUAUUGAAAUCUUAAUUACAUCAAUGUAGACGGAUGUGUGAGAUGAGGAUAAUAUGAGACAGAUUCAAAAGUGUUUCUAAAACCUCUGUAUUACAAGUCAUUGAUUGUAUGUUCAUUAUAUUAUAAACCCAAGACUCUUUUUGUGAAAGUAUAUUAUUUCAUGAUACAUAUUAUUCUCUGUAGUAUAAGUAACUGAUUUUCAUUGAAAGACCAUGAUCCUUUUGUGACAAUGAUGCUUUUAUAUUACAAACAAAAGGUAAAAGUCAUGGAUUGAUUUAUACCUAUUUGUAAGCACUGGAUUGUGAAAGUGAUGGUCUUUUGCAUGUGAUGGAUGCAUUUAAGCUUCACUUAAGAAGUAGAUGGUUAAUUGAUGUGAUUAACAUUAUGGUGAGCCAGAUAAGAAAUAUAGUUGGUCAGUUAUCAUGUGAAUUUUUUUUUCAUUGGUUUAGAAUGUAGUACUUUUCCAUCUGAAUUAACAUCUACCUUGUAUUUUGUGUUCCUAUUCCAGAUAAAAAAAAUUCUUUUAAACUUUUGGUGAAUGUAAAAUGUGCAGAAUACUGAAACCAGGACAGUGAGACUUAAAUUAAACAGGAACUAGUCAGACAUCCUUAUCAUAUAAUAUUCUUUAUGAUAAGAAAAAUCUUACUGUGUAAAAUUGGUAAGAGUAGGCAUGUCACAAUUAGCUUUCAUGUAAACUGGUGUGUAAUUUUUUUAUGAUUUGAUUUUGAAUUGAGGUUGGAAUACAUAUGAGGGAAGAGCUUGUAAUCUGAAAAUAAAAGGAGAGGAAAUAAUUGAUUUUUUUAAUGUAAUUAUAAAUCAAGUAAUGUCAGGCUGUUAUAUUUCUCCAUAAAACAUAUGAAUGGUAGCAAAAGCACAGACAAGCACAUAAACAUAUGCAUCAUUAUUCACAGUUAGAGCAUCCAUAUGCAGGAUGUGUCUUACAAGGUCAGUACAGGAGCAUCCUGAUUAGAUAUAGGAUUUAUACCCACUGCAAAGAUGAAUGAGUGUUUUGGUGAAGAUUAUUGCUCUCUGAUGCAAAAGGAGUGUCUGUGUGUUGGAAGAUAUGAUAGAGCCAGUCUUUAAACAAAAGGAUUAAAAAGUUCUGAUUAUGAAACUGGCCAAACAGAAGUAAUGACUGCCUUUGCGGUAGAGCUCAUGGGCAUUUUCUUUUGUGACUCGCAUUUGACAAUUAUGCCAAAGUAAUUCAUGCUGUCACGUAUUUGGAUAGCUUUUAUUUUUUAUUUAGUUUAUUUAGCUCAGUUAAUAUCCUUGCAUUAUAUUUUAUUACAUUUGAUUGUUAUCAUCACUGCAUGCUCAUUAGUAAAAGUGGCUCAAGUGAUAGAGUAAUGAAAUGUGAGGCAGGCUGUCAGAGAUAUUUUGCAUGCAUGCAUCAAAUGAUAAUCAUUCUGUAACAAAAAUAGGAUAUUUCCUAACUUUUAUCAAACUUCAGAGUUUAAAGACCUUGAAUUUUAUUUAGUGUAAUGAACUUCAUGUAAACAAAAUAUCCUUCUUCAUAUUGUUAGAUGAACAAUAUUUGUGAUAUAGUUAUAUAGAAAAGAAUAAACAGCCAAUAUAUUUUUAAUAAUAUACAACAGUUGAGGAGGAAAACAUGAGUAAAUUACUCCUAUACAUAUUUGGUAUAUGUGCAUACAUAGACAUAUAAAUGUAUUUCAGUAAGAUUUAUGGAGUUGUCCUGUGCUGAAUGUUGAUGAAUAAUUGUUAAAUUCAAGCAUAGUCUACAAACCAAAUAUUGUUUUAAGAUGUAGGAUUAAGUGCUAAGCAAGAAUACAUUUCCUCCUUCACAAACAAUGCAUAGAUUUGUACACUAUUUUGUGUAAACAGUGUAAACCAAAAUAUAGGUAGAGAAAGAACUAUUGUAUUUCACAUAUCUCUGAACUCCUUUUGAAUACUCAGUACAUUUUGACUUUGAUUAUUUUGGUAAUUUUCAAAAAGCAGCUCUUGUGAUGUGCUCAUUUAUUUUAUUAAGCUACAAGGACAGUUUGUGAUUUCAGAAAUAGAACUGAAAUCUGGUCAACUCCUCAGUAUAAUGUAGAAGUGUUAAUGUUCUUUUAUUUUUCUCUGUAAAACAAUCUUGACAUUUGGUGUUUAUGUGUAACACCCCUCCCCUCACACACAAUAAAGUAUUCUUAUUCUAUGUAAAUCUCCAUUGGGCAAAGUGCUAACUAGAGCCCAUUAUUAUUAUUGUUUUUUUUUUUUUCUGUCCAGUGACAUUUAUAUUAUUGUUUUUUAGUACUGACAUUAGGUUUUAUGCAUAGAAGUGUAAGCCACUGAUUUGCUAGGUUAACACAUUUCCGUAGUAUAGGUGUAGAAUGGAAAGCUAGUACUUCUUGCACAUGCAUAAGUCUUGAGUUAAUGUGGUUAUAUGUAUGUUGUGUAGGUUACAAAGGAAAAUGAUCACUUGACAUUCUAUUAUACCAAAAAGAUGAAAAAAUAAAAGUGUAACCAUUGA